CGGGGAGCGGGGCGGCGGCGGGGCCGGGCUGGGAGCGGGGCCGGGCGGUGCGGGAGCCGCAUCUCCGCGGGCCGCCCCGCGCCGCCGCCCAGGAUGUGGUGGGACGAGCGGGUGUCGGCUCGGUUCCGGAGGAACCUGCAGCCCACCCUCACCUAUUGGAGCGUCUUCUUCAGCUUCGGCCUCUGCAUCGCCUUCCUGGGGCCCACGCUGCUGGACCUGCGCUGCCAGACGCAGAGCUCGCUCUCGCAGAUCACCUGGGUCUUCUUCUCGCAGCAGUUCUGCCUCCUGCUCGGCAGCUGCCUCGGAGGGGUCUUCAAGAGGACGUUGGCUCAGUCGCUGUUUGCGCUCUUCGCCUCAUCCCUGGCCAUCUCCCUGGUCUUUGCCAUCAUCCCGCUGUGCCACAAUGUGGUGGUGCUGGCUGUGGUCAUGGCCGUGGCAGGCCUGGCCAUGGGCUGCAUCGACACCAUCUCCAACAUGCAGCUGGUGAAGAUCUACCAGAAGGACUCAGCCAUCUUCCUGCAGGCUCUGCAUUUCUUCGUGGGCUUCGGAGCGCUGCUGAGCCCCCUGAUAGCUGACCCCUUCCUCUCCGACACCAACUGCAUCCUGGCCAAUGGCACGGCCAACGCCUCCAGCAACCUGCCCCACAUCCGCAAGUCCCUGGUCCCGCACCAUCCGGGCAACCUGUCCCACUACGACCUGCCCAUGAAGGGCAUGGUGGUCACACGCGUCUCCUACGCCUUCUGGAUCAUGGCCCUCAUCAACCUGCCCGUGCCCAUCGCCGUGUUCUUCCUGCUCUACAAGGAGCGCAUGGUGCCGUGCUUCAAUAGCAGCAGCCACCCGCUGCUGUCGGCGGACGAGCUGGCGAUGGAAGCACGUCCCACGGAGAAGGACGACCUGUCCACCUCUGUGCACAGACCCCACGCUGCUGGAGGUCAUGAUGACUUAUUUAGCUGCUGCCAAAGCAAAAACUUCCGAGGGGCUUCUUACACCUACUUCGCAGUCCACAUCACUGGGGCUCUUGUUCUCUUCAUGACUGAUGGGAUUGUGGGAGAGUACUCGGGCUUCAUUUACAGCUACGCCGUGGAAGAGCCUCUCUCUGUAGUUCACAAGGUGGCUGGCUACUUGCCCAGCCUCUUCUGGGGCUUCAUCACGCUGGGCAGGCUCAUCUCCAUCCCCGUGUCCUACCGCAUGAAGCCAGCGACCAUGGUCUUCAUCAACGUGGUUGGAGUCCUGAUCACCUUCCUCCUGCUCCUCAUUUUCUCCUCCAGCGUUGUCUUCUUGUUUGUGGGGACAGCAUCUCUGGGUCUGUUUCUCAGCAGCACUUUCCCCAGCAUGCUUGCCUACACUGAGGACAUCCUGCAGUACAAAGGCUGUGCCACAACUGUGUUAGUGACUGGAGCUGGGAUUGGGGAGAUGGUACUACAGCUGCUGGUGGGAUCGAUUAUACACGAUCAGGGCAGCUACAGUUUCCUGGUCUGCGGGAUGAUCUUUGGAGGCUUGGCCUUUACCUUCUAUGCUUUCCUCUUGUUUUUCCACAGGAUGUACCCCAAGCCCUCAUCAGAUAUGGAUGCUGUCUCACCUGACAAACCAGCAGUAAUGGAUGACACCGGACAGUAUCAGCGCUGAAGAAGGGGCCGUGCCCUGGAAAAGCAAUAAAACAGCACACAAUUAAGCAGUACUAUUAAGGAUGAUUUCACAAUUAAUGACUAAAUCAUGCAAGUUUUCUACAAUCAAAAGCACACUAGACUGGGUAAGUCAGAAUCAAGAAAACAUCCUAGAACAACACGGCAAGCUAAGCACAAGUUGCCUGUGCCACACGUACCAAAAAGACUGCAAACAUCAGAGUGACCCUGUACCCGAAAGGCUACGAAUAUGGCAGGGAUGAUACAGAACAGUUACUCUUGCAAAUGAGCUUUCACACAAAUCCAGGAUGGAGGGACAGACCUCCUGGAUUAGGAGGUCUCCUAAUCCUCCUGGUAUCCUCCUGGACCUUCCUUCUUUGGAAGGUCUGUUUGUUCCACAUCUAAGACUUUGACCAUCUCCUGGCUUAAGUCAUUGAACUUAACAGGUUUGUUUUUUUUUUUUUUCUCCUGGCCUGUAAAGCACAGGAGGCCUUAAAAACGUACAGCACAAUACUGGUUUUAAAUUCCUUCUUGGUGCAACACGGGACUAUAUGCAAUCACCAUGAAUACUUCCAGAAAAGAAAUUAUGCUAUUGGUAGAACCCACCAAGUGCACAGUGGUAGCAGGAUCUAUCUAUAUUUGCACAGUUGAUUCUUGUAUAAUACACAGUAUCAGACACAUUCACUAAGACAGUGUCUUAUUCAGCAUGCUGGGGCCUCUUGAUUAUUAAAAUCAUUAGCUUUUUUUUUCCUAGAGCCAAGAACGAGUUAUGAGAUGUGAUGGUUUGUUUUGCUUUAAGUCAUUAUUUUAGCUGCUACAGUUGCAGUGUCUUUUAGGGCAGUUUUAUUUCUAGCUUCCAGUUGAAGCUCAGAGGUAUUUGGGAGCCAGACUCCAGCUGCUUACUCUGUGCAAUACUUAUUAUAAUAGGUGCCUUCUGUAAGGUACUCUUAUACCCCAUGCAUGGCCUCUUCCAAGCAAUGAAGAAAGGACUGGCUUUAGAAGAAUGUAAAGCUACAUGCAUCUAUUUCUUCAGUGAGUGAUUGGACACGUCCUUUUCGCUUUAACUGCUGUAUGUGGAUGUACAUAUGUACGUGUGUAUAUAAAGCUGUGUUUAAUUAAAGGUGAUUUAUUGAUUGCUAGAUUCUCA